AUGGUUAGGACUUACAAGCGUAAAACUAAUCAAGGGGGAUAUGGAAAUGACCAGUUAAAGUUAGCCCUGGAGAAAGUUCAAACAGGAAUACCGCUGCUUGUCGCAGCCAAGGAGUUCAAAAUUCCGCCAAGAACUCUGCGUCGUCAUAGAGAUGGACGAGUUGCCAAUCCUGGUGUGUCACAACUGGGGCGAUACAGAAAUAUUCUUUCCACGCAGGUGGAGAAUGAGCUUCAUGCUCACAUAAAGCACAUGGAAAAAUCCUUAUAUGGUCUAACCACAAAUGACGUCCGACGUUUGGCGUAUGAUGUUUCUGAAAAAUGCAAUCUCAAGCAUCCAUUCAGUCAUGAAAAGAAGAUGGCUGGAAGGGGUUGGCUUCGCGCUUUCCUGUUACGCCAUAAAGAUAUCAGCAUCAGGGUGCCACAAGGUACUAACAUUUCCAGAGCAGUUGGCUUCAACAAACCGAAGGUUCAACAGUUUUUUGGUGUGUAUCGUCAGUUGCUAGAAUCCAAAGAAUUCACACCAAGACAGGUGUGGAACAUGGAUGAAACUGGAGUAACUAACGUCCACAAACCAGGGAAAGUUUUGGCAACAAGAGGCAUAAGGCAAGUUGGUAAGAUGAGCGGUGAAAGAGGGAAAAAUGUCACUGUUAUCUGUGCUAUGAACGCUAUUGGAGUAUAUGUUCCUCCAAUGUUCAUAUUUCCGAGAAAGAGAAUGAAUGACACAUUGAUGACAGGUGCUCCACCACAAUCCGUUGGAUAUGCCAACCCCAGUGGAUGGACAGAUUCCGAACUCUUCAUUAAAUUGCUAGAACAUUUUGCAUCCUUCACAAAUGCCACACAAGGUUCUCACGAACAAAUAGUAAUACUGGAUGGACACCACAGCCACAAGACUCUGGCUGCAGUCACUUUUGCAAGGGCACACGGGAUUCACCUGCUAACUCUCCCACCACACAGCACACAUAAGAUGCAACCUUUAGAUCGGACAUACUUUAAAUCUUUAAAGAGUGCCUACAAUGUUGCCGCAGAUUCCUGGAUGGUGUCGCAUCCUGGGAGACGUAUAUCGUUCUUUGACAUGGCAGGAAUAUUUGGUCAGGCGUUUCAUCGGUCGGCUACCCAAGAGAAAUGUAUAAACGGCUUUCGCAUGCGUGGCAUUUGGCCAUUCGAUGAGAACGUCUUCUCGGACGAAGACUUUGCAGCGGCAACCGUUACGGACCAACCAGAACCGGACAAUAAUGAAAUUGUGGCCACAGAAGAUCCAGAUGUACGACCAGAUUUACCAAAUAUGCCUUCCACUGGCGAUUCAUCCGAAGAGGACGAAGGGCCAGAUGAUCCAGAAAGCCAUCGUGGCUUAUCACACGAUGGGGAACCUUCUGCCAGUAUCCCAUCAUCUUGUGGAGAAACGCCGUUAACUACCGUGAAAUCUCCAGGAUCUUCCGAUAUCGCAGGUGCUACUCAACAGACAAAUUCAGACGAUUUGAUUCACCAGGAAUGUACUGCAGAUAUAACUCAACUGAUUCGAAGUUUGUCACCUCUGCCUAAAUUGGCAGCUCCCCGUAGCAGAAAGCGGAAAUCAGAGGAGGCAACACUGCUGACAGCGUCCCCUUAUAAAGAUCAGUUGGUUGAGAAACAGAACAUGAAAGCUUUGAAGGACAAGAAAGGGAAGUCGACUGGAAGCCGCAGAAAGGGCAAGGCAACAACAAUCAAAAAGCCCAGAGGGUUGGCUUCGACAUCUCCGUGA